AUGGAUAUCUCCAUGAGAACCAUCAACCCUUCAAAACCCUUUCACGCAGAACAAACCAGAAAAUCCUUUCAAGAUCAACCCAGGAAGCCCUUACAAAGGAUUUGCAAGUUCUGGGUAAAGGGUAAAUGUGCUUAUAAGAAUAAUUGUAGGUUUCUUCAUUCUUGGUUCCAAUCUGGUAAUGGGCUUUCGAUGCUGGCAAGGCUUGAAGGGCACAAGAAAUCUGUGGUCGGUGUGGCCCUUCCUUCAAGGUCUGACAAGCUCUAUAGAGGCAGUAGAGAUGGAACUGUGAGGGUUUGGGAUUGCUACUCUGGAAAGUGUGAUCGCAUCAUCAAUCUUGGUUUUGAAAUUGGGUCUUUAAUCUGUGAAGGCUUGUGGGUAUUCAUUGGAUUGCCAAAUUUAGUUCGGGUUUGGAAUUUAAGCUCAGAAGGUAACAAAGAGUUCUCUUUAAAUGGUCUAAUUGGUCAAGUCUAUGCCUUAGCAGUUUACAAGGAUUUGCUCUUUACCAGGACUGCUACUGGUGAUAUUUUGGCGUGGAAAGGGAGCUUUGAAGCUAACUCCUUUGCAAUGGUGGCAACUUUAAGGACACAAAAAGGCUCCAUGGAUAAUACAGUUAAGGUUUGGGAUUUGGAGACCAUGCAGUGCAAGCAAACCCUAAAUGGUCACAAGGAUGUGGUGAUGUCACUUCUGAGUUGGGAUCAGUGCUUAUUGACAUGCUCUUUAGAACAUACAAUGAAGUUCUGGGUCGCCAGGGAAGGAGGAAAAUUGGAACCAGUGAAUACUCUUGAAGAGAAGAUUUUUGCAGAAAAGGAGGUUAGAGAAAUUCAGAGGGAUCCCAAUGGCCUGUUUUUCACAGGUGAUGCAGCUAGAGUGCUUACUGUUUGGAUGUGGCAGGCAGAAUAA